CAUGGAGGGUGGUUGGUUUCAGGAGGUAUGGGAGAUGGAGAUGAGCAAAGUAAAGAGUUAGGAGGAUUUUCGUCUUCGAGUCGUCGUUCUUCGGGUCCUAGUUCUGCAAAUGCAGAAGCAAGAAUGAAGUUUGCUUCUGUUGAUGCUAUAACAGAGUUAGUCUGGUCUCCUGGAAACGGUCUAAGCUUAAGAUGUGCAGAUAUCAGUUUCACGGGAAAGGCAAAAUUACUCUCUCCUAACUUCUUUGAUAUAGGACUAACCAAUAUGGCGAUUCAUUCGAAUAGUACAAGUAUCGAAGACCAAGAAGAUGCGAGAUUUCAUCACAUAGAUGUCGAAUUGAGAAACCGAGAUCAAGUGAACCAAGAAAGGAUUGGUGGUUCUGUUGAGGAUAAGGUUGAAACCAAUGAUGAUAUAAAGAAUGAAGUAGCAGAAAGUUCCAAAAGAUUGUCAGAUAGUCCGAAAGCUAUGAAAGGAGAAACCAGAGACUUGUUGGUGAAUGAACAGUUGAGGAUGGAAAGUGCUGGAUCUCAAGAAGGACCGAGUAACCGUGGAAAUAAAGAAGAAGGGGAUAAGGCGAAUAAUAGAGUUGACCGUUUAGAAUCAAUGGAUGAGAAUAACCUCGCAACUCUUGCUGUUGUAGCAUGUGAAGGCAAAGGGGAAUAUUUGCCGGAGGAUGAGGCUGGACCUAGUGGUUCCUACAGGCGUCAUGCCAAAGCGAAAGGGAAAGAAAAAGCUUUAUCUGAUGGAAACUUUGAUGGUGAUGAUGAGGAUGAUGAGAGUUUUGGUAGUGUAGAAAGUUGCAAUAGUGCGGGUUUGCUCUCAAGGGGAAAGAAAAGACCAGGCUUUGAGCAGCAGCUGAUUUUUGGAAGCAAACGGCUCAAAACGUUAAAUCAAGAAUGUUUAGGGUCAACUUCAAAGCUUAAGCAAGAUAGUUCCUUCAUGAAUUGGAUAUCAAACAUGACAAAAGGAAUCUGGAAAGGUAAUGAAGAAGACGAUUCUCCUUUUGCAGCUCUUACCACCACCUCAGAUGUUAAUGGUCAUGGCCAAGUCAAUUCGAUCGUUGACCAACAACACUUGAAUCCAUGCAGUGUGAAGGAAAAUAGUGGAUUCAGAAACACUGGUUUCCAGUCUUUUUUCCAGUCUAUAUAUUGUCCGAGGAAACGAAGUCAAGAUGCCGUCGAGAUGGAUUUCCCGAAUGAUGCUAAUGCUACUUCUUUGCAGGAACUUCCCUGGAUUCCUGAACAAUGUGACAUUGCCAAAGGGGAUGACUUGUCUUCAUCUGGUAAUGAGAUUGGUCCAGUGGCUGAACCCAACAGUUCAUCAGGAAAAGUUGGAUUUAAUCAGAGAAGCGAAACACUUUCGUCAGAGAACAAACGUGAGGACAAAGAACCAAACAUCUCUUUGAUGUCUCUUAGUAAGUCUAAGCCAAAUGAAGAGCCAAAAAUCUGCGGUGAAGCUGGUGGAAAGGUUAGUCCAUGUUUAAACAACAGAAACUCUGGUCUUCAAAGUUUGUGGAUAAGCCGGUUUUCUUCUAAAAAUCCGUUCCUUCAGAAAAAGACCAGUGAAACGGCUAAAGAGGCCAAUGCUUCAGCCUCAGACACAGCUAAAACCCGUGAUUCGCAGAAAAUGCUGGUAAAUAAUAAUGUUGUAAUACCCAGUAUCAGCUUGGUAGAUGGGCUCGAUAAACCGAACACUGUCCUUCCCAUAGUUUCGUCAAUGAGAAUAGAGUCUUCAGAAGCAAUGGCUUCUUUGUUUGCUAGAAGAUUAGAAGCCAUGAAACACAUCAUACCCGCAGGUUCUUUAGCUGAGAAUGCAGAGGAGGAACAGCCAAAUCUAAUCUGUUUUUACUGCGGUACAAAGGGUCAUUGUUUACAGGAUUGUUUGGAAGUAACUGAUACUGAGCUCAGAGAUCUAGUACAGAACAUAAGUGCUCGGAAUGGAAGAGAAGAAGCGUCAAGUCUAUGCAUUAGAUGUUUUCAGCUAAGUCACUGGGCUGCAACAUGCCCGAAUGCUCCACUGUAUAGUUCAGGAGCUGAAGAUAGAGCUAUGAAGCACACUUUAGCUUCUACCUCUGGCAUGAAGCUGCACGUAAGUGGUUCCACAGACGUACCAAAGGCAGUCUUUGACGCCAUUCAAGUGCUUCGCCUCAGCCGCACAGACGUUCUCAAAUGGAUAAACACCAAGAAGUCUGUAUCGGGUCUCGAAGGGUUCUUCUUGCGGUUAAGGCUCGGGAAGUGGGAAGAAGGGCUUGGAGGAACAGGGUACUACGUAGCCCGAAUAGAUGGGGACACAGAGGGACAAAGCUCAAGAAGACAUUCAGAGAAAAGCUCAAUCUCAGUUAAGGUUAAAGGGGUUACUUGCCUUGUUGAGUCUCAGUUUAUCUCAAACCAAGACUUUCUUGAGGAGGAGUUGAAGGCAUGGUGGCGGAGCGUGGGGAAAAGUGCCGGAAGAAGCGGCUGCGAGGGCAUCCCAUCGGCAGAAGAACUUAGUCGGAAAAUUCAGCAGAGAAAGAUGUUAGGCUUUUAGGAUGUUUAUUCAAAUAGAUAAUACUUGCUUGAGGAGCAAAUGUUUUUGCUUAAUAGAUGGGCAAUGAGUCUCUUUUCAUUGUGCAAAAAGAGAAGCCCAAAACAUCGUGUGUUGGUUGCCUUCGAAGGAAGAAUGAUUUCAUUGAUGACACAUUUAACUUUUUGUUUGAUGAUGUGAACAUCUGAUAUCUUGCUUUUGUUUAUCCAGAGCUCUUUGUAUACGAAGUGAACCUCAAAACUAGCUUCUCCUCUUUCUGUUGCAUCAUUCUUUGAAUAAUUUCUCGAUACACAU